AUGCACAUCGACCCCAAGUCAGCUGCCCGUGACGCGCGGGUUGGAAGGCGUCACGAUCACACCCACCUGGCCCAAGCAUCGGACGGGCGGGUGGUCGUGGUCAAGAUAUGCAACAUCAGGCAGCACGACUACUUGCCGUGCGAGCGCGACGUCGUGUCCGAGUACAACAUGGAGCAUCGCAUAUUGGCCACCAUGGCGGGUCGCGACGGACUGUUCCCCGAGCUCAUCGCCUACGGACAAUUCGUGCACGAUGGCCAAUGGUUCGUGUACACCGUCCUGUCAAAGCCGAUCGUGCACGAUUUCGCCGCUCGGAUCCUGGCCGAUGUCGAGAUGGCCGUCGCGCUGCUCCAGGCCGCCGGAUUCGUCCACCGCGACAUACACCAGGCCAACACCAUGGUGACGCCCGAGCAUCGGGCCGUGCUCAUCGACUUCAACUGGUCCACCGACGACAUGCGGAAGCGCAACAUGGACCUCGAGAGUCUGUGGGAGUUGAGUGAGGAGCGAGAAACGGAUGAAUACAACGAUCGUUCGUGA